GUUCACCUAGUCUUGCUUGCAUGACAAUCCUCGGCCAUAUUUUGUCAGAGAAAAUUAUUUCACAGUGAAAAGUUUGGAAGAUUUCUUGUAAUACAAAUAGAAUAUUUACAAUAAUUGUUUAUAUAACAUUCGUUGUAAGAUUUUGGAAACAGUACUGUGAAGUGAUAAUAAAGGUGUGACAAUGUCAGCAGGGCCGUACAACUAUUCGUAUAUCUUCAAAUAUAUUAUUAUAGGGGAUAUGGGAGUAGGCAAGUCAUGCUUGCUUCAUCAAUUUACAGAAAAGAAAUUCAUGGCUGAUUGUCCCCACACCAUUGGAGUAGAAUUUGGCACAAGGAUAAUUGAAGUUUCAGGACAGAAAAUUAAGCUGCAGAUUUGGGAUACAGCUGGACAAGAGCGUUUCAGAGCUGUAACUAGGUCAUAUUACCGUGGUGCAGCGGGAGCUCUUAUGGUAUAUGAUAUUACUCGACGUUCUACUUACAAUCACCUAAGUAGUUGGCUUACUGACACAAGGAACCUCACCAACCCAAGUACUGUGAUAUUCUUGAUUGGGAACAAAUGUGAUUUAGAUGCACAGCGAGAUGUUACAUAUGAAGAAGCUAAGCAGUUUGCUGAUGAAAAUGGCCUCAUGUUUGUAGAAGCCAGUGCAAAGACAGGAGAGAAUGUUGAGGAGGCUUUUCUGGAGACGGCUAAGAAGAUUUACCAAAGUAUUCAGGAUGGCAGGUUGGACUUGAAUGCAGCUGAAUCAGGGGUCCAGCACAAGCCUUCACAACCUGGCCGGAAUACGCUGGUCAAUGACCAACAAGCUAACAGAGAUAGCUGUGCCUGCUAGGGUUCAUCAAUGAAGAGGUGCUGCAUCACCGUUUUGUAUUGAUAUCUGCAAGUUGCUCCUGAAGCAUCAGUGAGUGAUCAGUUACAAGUAUAACUUUCUUUGUGAUAUGAUUAACGUCCUAUUUGUCGGUUUUGUAACUGAUGGUUUGGACAAGAUCAAAUGCCUCUUAUGCAUGAAGGCAUAUUUCAAGAAUUCCAACGUGGGUCGGUUUGCAGUCUCUCACGAGACACCUUGCUUCGUGUAUCUGCUUUGGGCAACACGUUUUUUGAGUAGCAAACAGAAAGGGUGUGAAUGAACAUGGCUUAAGAGAAUUUUGAUCAUUGAGGGCAAUAUUUUCUUUUCUUGAUCAUUUGAAGUUUCCCCUGGCAGGAGUGGAGCUUGCAGGUGUGACUUUACUUCAUACUACAUUUUACAUCUACUACAAAUUUAAGCAUAUUGUAUUUGUUUUGGUUGAGAUUGCUUUGGUACUGACUCAGUGUAGAUAAGAGAAUUUGAACACAUUUCCAUGUUGCUUCAAGUUUUGUUACAUAUUGUUACACUAAUGCACUCUUAUAUGUAGCUGUCACUCUUGUUGGGCUUUCAGUGGGUGAGGUUUUUAGUUGAGUUACAGGAAGAUAUUUGCUGCUGCAAUGUCUCUUUGAAUAUCCUGAAUGUAUUGCUCAGAGAUGCUUUGAAAUUAGGUAACAAUAUAACAUGAUCUUUAAACUGUAUUCUGUAAAUCAUACAAAUACCGUAAAUUACCACAUUUUCUCAUUCACAAAAUCAGUCUUCAUUUUUCAUUAAAAAAGAAAGAGAAAUUAUUCUAAAACUUACUGACUCUGGACAGUUUGUGUCUAAUGUGUUUUCCACAGAGGUUAUAUUAUAUAAGACCACAGUAGAAUCCCUUCUGAAACACAUUCUUUUGUUUUCUAUAACUAUUAAGGUCACGAAAUGGAAUUUAAGACUUAUAACUUUGUGAAUGUCUUGUACAUUUGAGGGCAUACCUUUCAGGCAUUCUUACUUAAUUGGAAAUUAAAACUCCUAAUGAUUACACUGAAUAACUAUUACAGUAAUCAACUCUUGAAUAGAUUGUUGGGGUGUCUUUCUUUUCUGUUUUUUUUUUAUGAAGUUGAAAUGAAUAUAUCAUCUUUCCAUGAAGCACUGCAUAACAUUAUUCCACUAGAAUAUUCUGAGUGUAAACAUCAUUAAGUAGCUGAAUAGUGUGCAGCAAUGUGUGAGGUAUGUGUGCAUGUUUGUGUGUGCCUCUGUGCAGUUAGGACCUAAAACACAUAAUCUAUGUUAAGAUAUGACCAAACUUUAUGAAAGCCAUGUAUAUUCACUUUGUUACAUAAGCUGAUCAUGUCAUGCUGGUAAUACAUGUAAUGACAAAGUAGAGCUCAUUAGACCCUGGACUUUUAUGUCACACAAAUAAUUUCCAGAUGAUUUCUACUUAGCAAAAUACCUUAAAGUAAUAGUACUUCUCAGUGUAUGUAACAACUUGGAAUUGACUAUUUUAUUACCUAAAUUCAUGUUAAUCACCAUGCAUUUUAAACCAAGCCUAAUAAUGAAAUUUUUUCUGAAAUAUAAUGCAUAUGUUUGGCAGGUAUAAAAUAUUGUAUGUAUGGUCUUUGUAAUAUAUUAUUAAAUUAUUAAAUAAUUGAAAUAGUCACUGAGAAACCAUGUAAGAGGAUAUUAAGGUAAGUCUAUAUUAUAAUAGCAUUGAACUAUAUACUGUGUUAUGCAGGAAAUUGGAAUGUUUCAUAAUGUAACUAAAUAUUUGUCAACACUGGAUGAUUGUAAAAUGUUAUGCUUUUACAUCUGGAGAGUUAGCUUCAACUUGUGAAAUCAUGUCAUGUUGACCAACACUAGAGAGAUGCUCCUAUUCAACAUAAGUAAGCUUUCCUUUGUCUUUAUGUUGGUUGUAUUACUUGAUGUACAGUCUUGGAAUAUUUAUGUCUUUGAAGAGAAUCUCAUAUUCAGUUUCUGUUAUUAUUAGAUUGUGACCAUUUCUUAAAGAGGUGCAUUUAAUGGCUGAAGGAGUAUUUCUACAGAAAUUCAGAGAUUUCCAAAAAGGACUGCACCUGAUUUGACUAUUUUAUCUAUUAUUAAUACACAUAAUAUGUAAAUUAUUAUGUAGGCAGACUUUAAAAUGUUCUAUCCAGUACUAGAACCAGGAUUGGAUAUUAUAAAGGGACAUAAUAGAAAAGAUUCCAGUUUGUCCUAAGUAUUUGAGGUUCAUGAAUGGGGAAGUAUACAAUGAAAAUAAUCCAUUUAAUAGGACUAGUGGUCAUGAUUAUUGUCAUAGCUCCCACAAUAAAAUUUGCUGUAUUCCCAUGUUGUAGCAUAUGUGCUGGUCACUUUGUCUCCCCUCCCCUCCCAAAGAAAUUGUAUCACUCUGAAUAAAAUAACAUUCCAAUAAA